AUGGAUCUUAGUGAGCACACGAAGACAUACGAUCAAGAUCAAGAUCAAGAACAAGAUAGAUAUGCAUAUAAUGAUGGUAAUCGAUCACUCGAUGACAAGACAUACCCUAAUCUUCCCUUUGGAAACUUAGACAAAGAUGAUUUUGACAUCCUUAAGGCGUUGUAUGUUAAUGUAUUUUACAAAGGUGACGAAGAAUACGGAACAAGGAAAGCGGGAAUUAUGGUACCACUCGUUUUCGACAAGAUCAUUCCAGCAGUAAUCAUGGAAGAAAAGGGUGAUGAUAAUAAUACAUGCUCAAUUUGUCUCGAUAGGAUGUCAACUGUGGUCGAAACCAUAAGAUUGCUUCGAUGCAACCAUGUAUUUCAUCGCGAUUGCAUCUUCAAGUGGCUAUCAACCAACCCGUCUUGCCCCUAUUGUCGAGCCUCUACUUCAACAUUGGUUCGCUGUUGA